UUAAACCAACACAGUGGCUCCUAACUACACAGUCUCGUGUAGUGCAGUGCACACACACACAAACAAAACUCAACUAACCGCCCAGCAGGAGGAGAUAAGAGAUAAGAGCUGUGAGCAAACAAGCAAAAGUCAAGACGUUUCUUUAGGCGCGAGCGAGGCAGGUGCAGGAUCACCUAAGCAGGACAUGGAUUAUUGGCACCACUUUGGAUUUAGUUGACACUGUCCAGACGCGAUCGGGCGAACGACUCUCACCUUUAUGGGGAACCAGGUGGAGAAACUAACGCACUUAAAUUACGUGGAGGUGCCGACGUCGGACCCAAAUGGGUUCGACCCGGACGAAGAGGGACCGCGCAUCGGCGUCUCGUACAUUUUCUCCAAUGACGCGGACGACGACGAGGACGACCAUUCGGACGCGUUUCCCACGGAGAACCACCAGGUGAAGCACGAAGAGAAGCCCUUUGACCCCAAAGACGAGCUGGAGUGUUGUGUUUACUUCAGGGAGGAGUGUGUGUUCGAGAGAAGUACCGGAACCGCGACCCACACCGCGGAGAGUCUGCUGAACAACUGCAAACCGGGAGACCUGCUGGAGUUUGUAGCCACAGGACAGUACCCACACUGGGCCGUGUAUGUGGGGGACUUCCAGGUGGUCCACUUACAUCGCGCCGAGAUCAAGAACAGCUUUCUCACUGACGUGAGUCAGGGCAAGAAGGGCCGUAUCGUUAACACUCUUUACCGGUACCGUGCGCUCCAGCCGGAGGUGAUCGUGCGCAACGCCGUGGACCACGUCGGCUCCAGGGACAGAGAACUCUACUGGAGGAACUCUGAGUGCUUCGCAGCCUGGUGCCGCUUUGGAAAACGUGAAUUUAAAAUCGGAGGGGAGAUUAGAAUUGGAAAACAACCGUACAGAUUAAAAUUACACUUUUCCGACAAGAAGACACACGUGUUGGAGUUCCAGAGCCUGGAGGACGUGAUCAUGGAGAGGAGGAGGAACGACCAGAUAGGAAAAGAUGCUGUGACGCAAGAACUGGCCAGUCACCUGAACGCACCACAGGAAUAUAAAGACCAUGCUUUUAGCACCUGAUACUGCACAGCAGGCGCUCCUGUGUCAGAAUGCCUUUGGCCUGGGAGGGGCUGAACACUCAUGAGCAUCUUUUCCUCCCCAUUAAACCAGUACACAGGACAUUUGUUUACAUUCAUACAAGUGCAUUGGCCCUAACUCAACAUUUAUGACAGACUUACGUGUUAUUUUAUUACCACUUAGCAUCUUUCAUCAGUUAUUUACAUGUAUAAGCUUCAUCCACCACAGGUCCUCAGUCAAUAUACACAAAGAAAGACACGCUUAUACACCUGAAAGGGGACAAAAGCCAAAAUGUGAUAAACCCCACAUUCUAUUUUUCUCCACUGUGUUUACAUUUAAUGAUAUAGGCCUAUAUCUAAAAAGUUGGCUUUGAUUUAUGUUUCUAUGUCAACACAAAAAUAUGAACUUCACAUAAAAAUAAUCGCCCUUUUCAUUUUUGUUUCAGUGACUAUUACUCAGUCUUGUGGCACUGCAUUUAAAAAAUCAGCACACUUCAUCGAAUCAUUACACAGCUUUAAGUCUGUGUGGACACUUAUUGAUUCAUCUGUUUAUGUUUUGAGAAAAAACGUAGAAAGGAAAAUGGAAAUAAAUAAAUAUGACAUUU